UCACUUUGAGACGGCUGCAGCAGUUACAAGGGGAAGGAGUUCCUAUUCUGAUGAACCUCAAAUCGUCCACUAAUUCUAACAAACGUCGACAUUUUAAAUAAGACCUACUUUUUGCUCUUUUACUCUGCUUCAGGUUCUGGUUAGGGUCAUUGCUAUGCCCCAGCCUGCUUGACCCUUGGGAAGAAUGGGCAGCCAAUCAAGCGUCCUGCAGCAACACGGCUUCACCCUAGUGAGACAGGAGGGUGGGGCCAGCCUGGUGAAGUCACAGGAAGGCCAUCAGUAUGUCGUCAGAGAGGUCAAUAAAAACUCAGAGGAUGUUUUCACCGUGAAAGAAAUUCUCAAAAGCCUGCAGCAUCCCCAUGUCAUUGGACAUCAGAAGUCAUUUAAAGAUGGCGGUACAUUCUAUGUUUUGGUGGACUACUUUGAAGAAAAUUUGUCCAAAAAGAUGAAAGCCAAGCAAGAACGUGGGGAACAGUUUUCAGAGAAAGAGAGUAUGGAUUACUUUGUCAAGAUUUGCAUGGCAUUGAAGCACUUGCACUCCAAUAACACUGUUCACAGAGACAUAAGACCUCAGAAUAUUCUCUUCAGUGAGUUUGGAACUGUGUGUUUGGGUGAGCUUCCAGAAAUCAAAGAAAGAGCUGGAGUAGAGAGUGACUCUACUGGGGAACUAACCAACAUCCCCCCUGAAAUCCUGAAGGGAGAUUCAUACCAUGACAAGAGUGAUAUCUGGUCCUUGGGCUGCCUGCUCUAUGAAAUGUGUAUGAUGAAAAGUGCAUUCACAACAGAGAGUGCAGUGAAUCUGGUUCCUAAGAUCCUGAGUGGUUCUUACGAGCCUCUCCCAGAGACCUUCUCCAAGUCCCUCCACCAGCUCCUCAGCGACGUCCUGCAGACCGACCCAGAACUGAGGCCUUCUGCACAGGAGAUUUUGUGGAGGCCAUUUGUCAUUGCCUACCUCACAGCCCAGAGUGAGCGGACUGUUGCGGAGCUCCAGGAGAGCCUGCAGAAGCUGAGGGCCCUGGCUGACGGUCUGGAGAAUGUGCACUUUGGCACCACUGUGGGCAGUCUGACUGGCGGGGUGAUUGGAGCAGCUGGAGGCAUCACCUCCAUCGUGGGUCUCAUCUUGGCCCCCUUCACUCUGGGUGCCUCUCUGAUCGUGACGGGGGUCGGGGUGGGCAUCGCUGUCGCUGGUGGUGCAACCGCAGGAGUCUCCAACAUCACCAACAUGGUCAACCAGUCCACCGACCGCUACAAUGUGAAGAACGUCAUCCGCGAGUUCCAGGAGAAGAUGAACUCGGUGGUGGUCAGUCUCCAGCACAUCUGUGAAGGCCUGGAGGCCCUGAAUGACUCUGGGUCAGCUGAGGAUGGUAAUGACCCAAGCACAGGGACGACAGGGAGCAUGGCCAAGGCGGGUGUCCGAUUAGGGCGAGGGCUUGGGGCCAUCCCCGAGCUUGUGAGGCUGGCACAGGUGGCGAACGUGGGAAGGGUGGCAGCGCAGACCGCCAGGGCCAUCCGUGUGGCGGAGGUGGCCACCGGCAUUUUCUCCGCCUUCUUCCUGGCAGUGGACGUCUUCUUCAUCGCCAUGGACGCCAAGGAGAUCCACAACAUCCGACAAACGAGGGCGGAGAAGGCCGCCUCAGAUGACCCGGUCCGGCUGAAGAUGCUGGAGGUUGCCGGCGACACCGGGGACGCUCAGGAGCUCAUGGACACGAUGGAGCUACGAGAGGCCGACUCCAUGACUGAGCUGCAGCCCAGUGCAGCAGGGGAGGCCAAGCCGGAGGUGAAGUCGGAGACCAUGAGGUUCGUCCUGCAGAUCAGGGAGACCGCUGCCCAGCUGCAGGACAGCCUGGAUGAGCUGAGUGACAUCAUCACUUUCAUCCCAAAGGUUGAGGCCUACAGCCUCUGAAUCAGCCACAUGGUGAUAUGUUUCCAUAUUGAGCAUUUUUUUUGGCAAAAAUGUGCACGUACACCUGCAUACAUUUUUAUGAAUUGGUCUCAGCCUUUUGAGGAUAUUAUAUGGAUGUAAGUCUAGCAUAUACAUGUGCAAAAGGGAUGCGUAACUGAAAUAGCUAUAAAUCAUUAUUAUUGGCUUAAGCAUACUAUAAACCUGUUAUUUUUAUUCUGUCAUAGAACUAGCAGGAGUUAAGGUGUAAACUUGUUUUGCAUUGACAAGUGGAAAUAUUUUUCAUGUUUUAAGAAGACUUUUUUUAACAUUCCAGUAUCUUCAUUUUAUCCAGCCAUUAAAUGCCAACAAUGGGUUCACGUUGUAUGAUGUUGAGUAACAUUUUAUUCUUUUUUUGAUUCAUCAUAUUUAUAUUCUCAUUAAUAGCGGCACUGAAUUGCACAAAUUUCUUUAACACUCCUCUUCACUGGGGAGUUUUAUUUGUCUUGAAGUGACUUCAUCUUCAGAAUUUGCUGCUGACCUUGAAUGCCUUCAGACAUGUCCUUUAUGGUUUAACUGAAGGUAGGAAAUAUGUAUCAAUGCAGCUAUGCACCAGUCAGGUGACCACAUGAUAUUGAACCAUAAACAUCACCAUUUUCACCAUAACCAUAUUCAAAAAGGAGGGCGUAUGCAGGGUUUCCCGCAGGAAAUGUGUUAGUCAAGGUGGUAGGUCGUAGGUCUCGG